ACAUUUGCAGUCGCAGCUCAGCAUCUACCAUGAAGCCCUCUGCAGACAAGCUUGAGAUCAUUGCGUGUGCCGUUCUCAUCCUCGUGAGCUCCGUAGGAAACGCGUGUUUAUUUUAUUCCACAAGCAAGUGCAUCACCGGGGGCCUGCAAACAUCCUUUCUUCUCAUGAUCAGCCUCGUAUUCGUGCAUCUUCUUAAAAACCUGGUGGGGAACACCCUCAAGCUCGUGUACUCUUCUGGUAUCUUGCUGGAUUCGGUGGGCUGCAAAGCUCUGCACUUCACGGCGGCCCUGACAACUUCCCUGGCCAUCUGGUUCAUGUUACACUUGGCGUUGCUCUACCACAGGAAGCUUUACCAAAUUGUCCACCCCUUGAGCAGGGCUGCAAACCUGAACCAAGAGAAAUACUCCUUGAAGGGGAUUUCUGCACUCUGGGUGGCUGGUGUGGCAGUGUAUAUCCCAGUAUUGGUAUACACUACAAAACCUGAACACCCUAGUUCUGCGAACGGUACAGGCUCCCUCUCUACUAACAGACUUUACAUGGAUUGCUUAACUGCCUUUGGAAAUGAGCAGGUAGAGUUUUACUAUGGGAAAAUAUUUUUAGUUUUAAUUGAUAUUCUCCCUUUAGCCGUCUUAGUGUUUGUCUGUCUCUGGAUGGCUGCCCUCCUUUUAGAGAAGAAGAAGAUGACAUACGGUGACAUCUGGAUUGGAGACGAUGACUCAGAAACCGAGGUCCUUCGAGGGGCCAAGUUCAGCAUCUUGUUAAUGUUGCUGAUCACGCCUCUUUGGGCUUCUCACUUUAUCUUAGUCUAUUUCUCGAAGGACUUGGCAGCGUGUGCCUUUAUUCCAGCUGUUCUCACAGCCCUCUCCUCUGGCUUCUCUGCUCUUAGUCCUUUCCCGCUUAUGUUGGUUAAUUACAAAAUGAAGCUGGUGUCCUUCUGUGGCGUCCAACGGGAAAAAUCCACACCACAGCCCGCAGACAUUAUUCUGUCUCCGUAUGCUUAACAUCUGAGCGAACGGACUCGAGUGAAGCCCUGGAAAGCAAGCCCUGCUGCUGGAGGGCAUAGCUGCAGCUUUCAGAAGCCCUCGACGAGUUUCUGAAAAGAUGGGUAGAAAAUUGAUUCCUCUAGAA